AGCUGAACAUGGGCCAGCGCUGCUCGGACACGCGCGGGAUUGUCUUUGAGGACGUGCGUGUCCCCAAGGAGAACGUGCUGAUUGCGGAGGGCGCCGGCUUCAAGAUCGCCAUGGGCGCCUUUGACAAGACCAGGCCCCCUGUGGCAGCGGGGGCCGUGGGGCUGGCGAGGCGAGCGCUCGACGAGGCCACGCGGUACGCGCUGGAGAGGAAAACCUUCGGGAAACCCAUCGUGGAGGUGAGUUUAGAGUCUGAUCCAGCACAGACCCCGAUCCCACAGAGCUCCUUGAACACAACUUCCCAAGUGUGCUGAAUUUGCAAAUUAAGAAAUGAAGAUAAUAUUGUUUAUUAGGGAAGAUUCAUUCCCAGAAAAGCCUGGCUCUGGCAGAGUCCCCAUCCUGGAGGUGUGUUUAGAGUUACUCAUGGGAAAGUCUG